AUGUCAGGGGUUCAUGUUCCAGUCGGUCACCCACCUGUGGUCUUCUGCACGCCAGGAAACAGGGAUUUAUGCGAGAAGACCGUUGCCCACUUGAGCUGGACCAUAGGGAAGGCCCGCUUCCGCACUUUUGCGAAUGGAGAGAUCUCCGUGAAGCUGGAGCAAUCUGUAUCCAAUUAUGAUGUGUUCGUGGUUUGUGCGCGAGAUGACUUUGAGUGCGAGAUCAACUUCAUGCUCAUGCAGUUGCUGAUCAUGCUGGACGCACUGAAGUCCGAGUCGCCGCACCGUAUCACCGUGGUAUUGCCCUGCGUUGAGUAUGCCCGGCAGGAUAGAAAGUUCGAGGCUGGAGAAGCCAUCGCCCCGAAGCUCCUGCUGCACCUGAUGGCAACUGCAGGGGCAGACCGUUUCGUCACGAUUGACUUGCACAACCAGGCCGAAGCUGGCUUCAGCCCAGCACAGGCUGCGCUUGAUGAGCUGACCUGCGAGAAAUACCUCGGAGCAUUUAUUCGGGAAGCGAUCCCAAGCUUCAAACCAGAGGAGACAUUGGUGUGUGCCACCGAUGCGGGCGGCGCCAAGCGGACCAGGAAAAUGGCCGAUGAGCUGCAGGUCGGGUUUAUGAUGGCCGACAAGUUCAGGCCCAAAGCAGGCGAAGUCGGCCAGGUGAAGAUCAUUUCUGAUGCAUCCCUGAACCCGUCGAACGUCAUAAUUGUGGAUGACAUGUGCCAGCCUUGGGCAUGUUAA